AUGGGGAAACCAAGGCAGCCCCGCAAAACAAAAAGGGUAGCAAGGUUCGACUUCGACGAUGCAGAUCGUCUCUUGAUUUACUACCUCCGGAAGAAAGUGUAUGAUCCAGACGGCCUGCACUCCGAGUACGGCGACCUCAUCCCCACCGUCGACAUGUUCUCCAUCGAUCCAGAUACCUUCAUUCGAGUGAAAACACCCAAUCAGAAGGAGGUCUGGUACUUCUUCUCUCCAAUUGAUAGACCACCGGGGAGCGGGCCGAUUCCCUCAGAUCGACCAGUUGGUGACGGCUUUUGGAUGAUGAGCGCUCCCCAAGAAGACAUUGUUGACGAACAAGGCCACAAGAUCGGCGAGAGAAGGAGCCGACGCUACCGUAACUGGACCAUGCACGAAUACCGACUCAUUGAUUCUCAACAUGCUGAGACGAGCACUGCCAAGAAGACGAUCGAGGACAACGCGCCCCAUAACUAUGUACUCUGCAAGAUUUUUGAAGAAGAAGCUGCAAAGCAGGAAGACGAUGAAGCGGAAGGUGGUGGAAUCCAACAGGAAGCAAGUGCUGCAACCCCAAGUCAUGCGGGGCAGUCGAUAUCUUCGCCGGAUAUUACGUCGGACGAUCUUUUAGACUGGAAAGAUCCGGCGGAGGAUUAUGAUGAGCAGAUUGAGACAGAGCCCUCGGCCAUGGGUUCUCCAGAGAGCGUAGAACCGAGUUUCAGCACGAACACAACAGGUGCCUGGCGGCCUCGUGAGUCCUGUGUCCCGUACACGCCGGACCGAGCUGUACCAGCCGGCGAGUGUGGCGGCGCCACCGAAUUACCGGUUAUCAAGGAGCAUCAUCUGUGGACGGACCUGCGGCUUGAACCACUGCCCUGGUUGGGCCAGCCUCCGACUAAGAGUAAAACCAACACAAACCCUCGGCUGCACACUCGUGAUGAUCCAGAGUGCACCAUAAGUGUGCCAAAUCCAAGCUCGCCACACGACUUGGUUGAAAUGGGGUCAGCCAAGGGGACAAGUUUUGCAGGGAGCUCUACUUCAUCUACAGCAGAACAGAAAGAUGAUACUUAG